AUGGGGAUUCCACUGCCAUGGAAUUGGAUGUCGGAAAAAGAGAUUUACGGCGAAACAGCAGAUCCAUGGGAAGUUCUUCAAGACGUUCAUUGGGAAGAUUUUCAUUCCGAAACGAAAUUCAAGCACGUCACGUACGUUCUUACCAAGUUAUUACGAGUUAAUGGCAAGACUCGUAUCGCCAGAAGAACAAAAUCGGGUACUUGGAAGGGACAAACGAGUGGCAAAGAAAUUUACGAUGAGUCAUCGGGAAAUUUAAUCGGCUUGUCCAAGAUGUUCACCUUUUACAAGAAUAAACCUAAAGGCCGGAGCGGCGAAGAAGAAGAAGAACACGGUCACUGGAUUAUGCAAGAGUUUUCAUUGGCCGGGAAUCACUUGGAUGUUUCCAAAGGAAAACUUAAAGGAAAAGACAAAGAAGCAGCCGAAGGAAUCGAAGAAGAUCGUGAGGAAUCGAAGAAGAUCGUGAUGCGUUUUCCAAGAUGCAGAAGAUUGAUUUGGAUAAUAUAG